GAUGUUAUUAUUGCUGCGGAUGGUGAUUUUUUACGUCAAAAAAUUAUCUGGAUUUAUUCUACACAAACUAAAAAUAACAAAUGGGAGUGUAAAAAAAUUUACAAGUUACCCAGAAAUUUUGAACUUAUUAGUAUAUCAAAAUAUGAUCAAGUUUAUUUAUUUUCAAAGAGUUACAUUUACUUAUGGAAUAUUUCUACUGAAAAAAGUAUAAAAAUAUUUAUUAAUAAGAAAACGAUCGAGGCCGAGAUUAACAAGUCCUAUAUUAGAAUUUCUAGCAAUGAAAAGUUCAUGUGUCUAAGGAUCAAUGAUAAAAUUAUUAUUUAUUUAAUUGAAUUGGAAAUUCCUAUCGUUACUUUAAAUAAUGGUAUUCAACUAUAUAAUUUUAUUAGUAACGUUGAUUACACUUUUUUAUAUCUUUUAUUACUACCUUUAUUAAGCAAUGAAAUUCGGGAUUUAACUAUGAAAUAUUGUUGGAAAGAAUAUACUGACCAUUUACAAAAGAAUGAUCUAUCGCAAAAUGAAAAUCAAUCUAAAAAUCUUCCAAUUCAUCCAUUUCUAUUUGAUAUCAAGUACGCGUUUGGAAUUCUAAACGGAUACGUUUGGCAGUUUAAACUUGAAGAAACGAUUUUAAAAAUGAAUUCGUCGUUAAAUGAAUCAAAUAAUGAAAUUAUUGAAAGCUUGGAUUAUGAUUCUAAGAAAAUCAACAAGGAAUCAUAUGAACACAUAAAUAUUCAUUUAUUUGAUUCAUAUAUGGGUUCUAUACACGAAUCUUUUAAAGAAAUCGUAUCCGAAUAUGAUCAGAAAAAUGUAGCAGAAGGAAUGGUAGAAGAUAAAAAAAAACUUAAUGAAAGAAGUAGAAACUAUAUCCAAACAUGAUCAAAUAAAUGUAGCAGAAGGAAAGGAAGAAGAUAAAAAAAACUUAAUGAAAGAAGAAAUAAUUAAAGGUUCAAUUAAAUGGGAAAUAGAAAAUCUUACUGGAGAAUUGAAAUUGCAAGUUUUUAAUAAAAUAAACGCUAAUUAUGAAUGGAAUUUAGUUUGCACAAGAACUGAUAAAUCUAUUAGUUUAUAUGGAAAAAAGUUAUUAAGUACCCAUUAUAUUCUUCUAUUAACAGAAAUUGGUAUUUCUAUUUAUCAUUUUAAUGGAAGUAAUAUUUCUUUGGCAUAUUUUUAUUAUAUGAAUUUAAGCAACUUAUACAUAAAAAAAAAUGAAGAAUGUGAUAUAAAUGACAAAGAUGACAAACAUAAGUUGGUGAAAAAAUUACAAAAUUAUCAUAAAAAAGUACUUUCAAAAUCUACUUUACCUUUACCAAAUCAUAAUAGUUUUAAAUUUAAUGAAGAUUGGGUCUCAUAUGUAAAAGAUAAUAA